AUGAGAGGCAUUCUUCUCCUCGUUCUUGCUGGCGUGGCUCGCGUUAUCGGCCAAGUCACGCACAACACGGGCGAGUUCUCUUAUCAAGGCUGCUCUUCUAUUGAUCCAGCCUGCUUCGGAGAGCCAGUCGGAAUUCCCAAUGGCCCUUUGACUCCUGAAACGUGCCAACUCGCCUGCAGAGGCCACCAGUUUGCUGCCCUUCUUCCCGACUGCUGCCGCUGUGGUGAUGAUCCAAAUGGCGUUCAUCCAACCGACGAGGCAAAGUGCGACUAUCCAUGCAUGGGAGACAGCACGCGUGGAAUGUGUGGCAGCAUUUGCCCAGAGAACUCACCUGUAGUCGCCAACGUCUACACACGAGUCACUCCGAGCCAGGGUCCGGCUUAUGGGGAACCAACAAGCAUUCAGUCCUCUGUUGCUGCAGCAGAGACCCCGUGCUCAUCUGCCGAUGCCUCAUCAGUUGAAGAGCCUCAGCAGCCUUCUCAACGUAUCACACCGGAAGGACCAGCACCAGAAGCUCCAUCAUUCGGAAACCCUGCGUCUGGGAAUCCAGCGGCUACGGUUGUUCCAACCUCUGGCUCUCCAGUAACCCAAGCUACUCAAGAAUCUCCAUGCGCUACUCCAAGCAUUUCAGGAAUAAGCACACCUUCGCAAGGACCUCUGACACCUCCCGGCAACGCUCCAGAGGCCAAGACGUACUCUGAUCCUAAACAGCAAGUUCCCGAUGCGACACCCGCCUCCAACCCACCAGGUUAUUCGUCGGAUUGCCAGCCAUCUCAACCAGAUUCUUACUCUGAGGGGCAGGGCUCUGAAGCAACUCCUGGAGGAUACACCGCGGCAGAUAAUUGCCAGCCUGCCGGUAGUCCAGCUCUUUCUCCCGUAGUUUCUGAAAGCACUCUCUGGCCAUUUCCAAGCAAGAAACCGGAAGGCGACCCUCCUUCUCAUGUUCCGGCCUCAGAUUCACCUUGCGGUGUCAUCCCUCCUCUUUCAAGCAUCGGAGGGUUUAUCCUAUUGGCGGCAAUGAUUAUGUAG